UGUCUGUCACUCUAUAAAAGCGGUGCCACUCGAGGAUUCCGCGCAGUUACUACAUCGACUCUUCGCCGUCGACAACAGUAACGCAGUAGAGCUAAAUAUUGUUUCCAGAUCAUUCCAAAGUAUACGAAAAUGCGUGAGUGUAUUUCCAUUCAUGUGGGUCAAGCUGGCGUCCAGAUUGGCAAUGCCUGCUGGGAACUUUACUGCCUUGAGCAUGGGAUUCAGCCGGAUGGACAGAUGCCCAGUGAUAAGACCAUUGGUGGAGGGGACGACUCCUUCAACACUUUUUUCAGUGAGACAGGAGCUGGCAAGCAUGUUCCCAGGGCCGUGUUUGUAGAUCUGGAGCCCACUGUGAUUGAUGAGGUUCGCACUGGAACUUACCGUCAGCUUUUCCACCCUGAGCAGCUGAUCACCGGAAAGGAGGAUGCAGCUAACAACUACGCUCGUGGCCAUUACACUAUUGGCAAAGAGAUCAUUGAUCUGGUUCUUGACAGGAUUCGCAAACUGGCUGACCAGUGCACUGGACUUCAGGGCUUCUUGGUGUUCCACAGCUUUGGAGGAGGAACUGGUUCUGGCUUCACCUCGUUACUGAUGGAGCGCCUUUCUGUUGAUUAUGGAAAGAAAUCUAAGCUUGAGUUCUCCAUCUACCCAGCUCCACAGGUGUCUACUGCUGUGGUGGAGCCCUACAACUCCAUUCUUACCACCCACACCACCCUCGAGCACUCAGACUGCGCUUUCAUGGUCGACAAUGAGGCCAUCUAUGACAUCUGCCGUAGAAACCUUGAUAUCGAGCGUCCCAGCUACACCAACCUUAAUAGGCUGAUUAGCCAGAUCGUGUCCUCCAUUACCGCCUCCCUGAGAUUUGACGGUGCCCUGAAUGUUGACUUAACUGAGUUUCAGACCAACUUGGUGCCGUAUCCACGUAUCCAUUUUCCUUUAGCAACUUACGCUCCUGUGAUCUCUGCUGAGAAAGCUUACCAUGAGCAGCUCUCAGUGUCUGAGAUCACUAAUGCUUGCUUUGAGCCGUCUAAUCAGAUGGUCAAAUGUGACCCACGUCACGGCAAGUACAUGGCUUGCUGUCUGUUGUACCGUGGUGAUGUUGUACCUAAAGAUGUAAAUGCUGCUAUUGCCACCAUAAAGACCAAGCGCAGCAUUCAGUUUGUGGACUGGUGUCCAACUGGUUUCAAGGUUGGUAUCAACUACCAGCCCCCUACCGUUGUACCUGGAGGUGAUUUGGCUAAGGUGCAGCGAGCGGUGUGCAUGCUAAGCAACACCACUGCUAUCGCGGAGGCUUGGGCCAGACUUGAUCAUAAGUUCGAUCUGAUGUACGCUAAGCGUGCCUUUGUGCACUGGUACGUAGGUGAAGGUAUGGAGGAGGGCGAGUUCUCUGAGGCUAGAGAAGACAUGGCAGCCCUGGAGAAAGAUUAUGAGGAGGUGGGUGUAGAUUCAGUCGAGGGAGAAGGAGAAGAGGAGGGUGAGGAGUAUUAAGUUAUUUUCUCCUUUCCAGGUCAGUUACUGCUUUGCAUCAUUAAUCAGUUAUAUUCAGAAAUGUAAAUGAAAUGAGGCUUUAAAGGUGACACAUAUCAAGCAUUCAGUUGUCUAUUGCAAUGUAAAGAAUAUGUGCAGUAAACAUUUGUUUUUUUCAUCAUGUCAACCACAUAUUUGGUGCUGCAGUGAAUUGAGAUUGAGUCAUAUUUUCCUGUAUUCCUCCAAUUACAGUGUGUAGAUCAAAUAAAAUUAUUCACUGACCUUACU